CGCACGGGCGCAACACAGGGCGCCGACGAGGGACCAGGAGGCAAAUCUGAAUCUUUGGACUGCAGAGAUGGACGUGGAAAUGGGAGCCAAAGACAAUCGCUGUAAGAUCGUGGUGGUCGGAGACACACAGUGCGGGAAGACCGCACUCCUGCACGUGUUCGCCAAAGAAUCCUACCCCGAGAAUUAUGUUCCAACUGUGUUUGAAAACUAUACAGCAAGCUUCGAGUUCGACAAGCAGAGAAUUGAGCUGAACAUGUGGGACACAUCGGGCUCCUCCUACUAUGAUAAUGUCCGUCCACUGGCGUAUCCAGACUCUGAUGCCGUCCUCCUCUGCUUCGACAUCAGCAGACCAGACACACUGGAGAGCAUCCUCAAGAAGUGGCUGUGUGAGACGCAGGAGUUCUGUCCUGCAGCACAGCUGGUGUUAGUGGGCUGCAAACUGGACAAGAGAAGCGACCUUCACACCCUCACAGAGCUGGCCAAGACAAGACUCGGUCCAGUAACGUACGAACAGGGCACAUCUCUGGCACGUCAGAUUGGCGCGGUGGCGUAUGCCGAGUGCACGUCUCGCUACUCAGAGAACACAGUCCGUGAUGUCUUCCACGUUGCCACGGUAGUGUCCAUCAAUCACGGCAGACCACCAAUCCCAUGGGCCGGCCCGCAGCCAAUCCUCAAGCGCAUCUCCCAUCAGCCACCGCCCACUCACAUCAUAGACCCCGCCCCUAAGGUCAGGAAGGAUCGAGCCAAAAGCUGCGUCAUCAUGUAGUGAUCUGGAGUCAGUCUGGAGUCAGACUGGAUCGAUCUGGAGUCAGACUGGAUCAAUCUGGAGUCCGUCUGAGUGUGUUUGUGCCCAUUCCAGAGUCGGUCUGGAGUCAGUCUGGAUCAGUCUGUAGUCAGUGGACAUCCAGACCGUUGGGAAUCAACGGGAAUCAGUGGGAAUCAGCAGCUCUGUUCAUUUAUGUUGGAGUCUCUCCCACAGGGAGAAAUGGACGGACUGCUAGAACUUCAGAGAGAGGAGAAUACACACACACAGCAGUGAAAGGCUCCCGACACACACACACACACACACACACACAGCAGUGGAAGGCUCCACACACACACACACACACACACACACCCCUAAGUGACUGGAUAAACAAUGUUGUAUGAUGUGUGAUAACCUGAUCUGUCCUCAAGUGCAUUUACAGUGCAGUGGGUUACAGUAGAACAGGUGUAGGAGUGGAACAGG